AUGGAGGCGAUACUUGAGAAAAUUAAUAAUCUCACUCAACAACAAGAUGUGACGGGCCAGGAGAUUCAGCGUCUUUUGAGUAACUACCGGAAAGAUUCGGUAGCUCGUAAGACAAGGGAAUAUCUCACGACGAGAUUGGAACAAUUGAAAAAUCUCUGGACAGCCUUUUCGGAGAGAAAUGAAGAGCUUGAAGAGUUAGCGCAUUAUCUUCCAGCUCAUCCAUAUUUCGAGAAACAAUAUUUCUCUUCAAUGCAGCGCGAGUACACCAAGUACAAGGAGGACAUUGCGGAACGCCUUCAGGGUUUGGAAGGCACGUCCAAGUUGAAUAUCGAUUUGGGUAAAUCAGCCACGGGUGCUUUAGAUACAAAGGCCGCCACGGCAGCAAACAAUGCUCAGAACGAGCUUCCCAGCGAUGUCGUGGUACUAAUAAGGCAACAGCAAUCAAGGAUACGGGCUGUGGAAAACAUUAUUAGCGGCAUCGACACAGUUGAACAGGCACAACCCAAAUCAUACUACGAAUUGAAGACAGCUACUUUAUCAAACGAUCCAAAUGAGUUAGGGUACAACCAGGAUAAUUUUCUCAACCUCGAAGAGCGAAUUCAAGACACCUUAACAUUUCUCGCUGAAUGCCGUUCAAAGCUGGAUCCUAGCGUAGCUCCCGCUACAAGGGCCUUUCCAAGCAUCAACUUGCCAAACGUGACAAUUCCUGCCUUUGACGGCGAUUAUGCACAAUGGCAAUCCUUCCACGACUUAUUCCGCCAGAUGAUUCACGAGCAGCAAUUGGGAAAUGCUCAGAAAAUGUGGUAUUUGAAGAGCAAUCUAAAGGGUGAAGCAGAGCGACUUAUACGUCAUCUGCCCAUCACUGACGAAAAUUAUGACAUUGCAUGGACAACGCUAACAAACCGCUACAGCAAUCAACGAUUGAUGGUAGCCACGCUAUUGGAUAGGCUCACACAACAGCCGAUGAUUACUUCGGAUUCCCCCAGUGCUUUGAAAAAACUUCAUGACAUUACGAAGGAAUGUCUAGCAGGACUCAAGAACUUUAAUAUCAAUAUAGCUAGUUGGGAUCCCAUUUUAUUACAUAUUUUACUGAAGAAACGCUUUCAGUCUUUAGAGGCCUUGUGUAGCGACAAGAGGAGUACGACUCAAAACAAACCUACAAACCGAACCUCGGCUUUAAUAUCCACCAAGGACAGUCAAUCUUUACAGUGCAAAAACUGCAAGGGAAGCCAUCGAAUCUACACAUGUGAAGCCUUUAAACAAUUGUCCAUCUGGGAUCGAGUAGCCAAAAUCAAGCAGCUGAGGCUAUGUUUGAACUGCCUACGGGAAGGACAUCGAAGUGCACAAUGCAGCGCAGGAAGUUGUCUUAAAUGUGGAAAGAAGCACAACACUCUACUACAUAUGGACGCCAACAAUCAAGACAAAACAACGCCCUCUAUCACCGCAAUUCAAACAACAGCCAACGCCACCAAGCAAGGUCAAGUAUCAAGUAUUAUAAAGGACAAGGGUUCUACAAAUGUCAACCAUUCUAUUGCAUUAUCAACGGAAAUAUCAGCAUCAGAGGGACCUUUUGUUCUAUUAGCUACUGCACUCAUCAAGGUGACAAACCAAAAGGGCAAGUCGAUAGAAAUGAGAGCUCUGCUGGAUAGUGGCUCCCAAAUAAGCAUAAUUACAGAAACGGCUGUGAGAAAGCUGGGACUACAACCAACUAGUUACCAUAUACACAUUCGUGGUCUGGGCGGAGCGUCGCAACAAUCGCAACAGAAGGUAACGUUGUCAUUGCAAUCAAGAAUCACUACGUUUGCACGGAAGAUAGACGCUAUAGUUUUACCACAUAUAACAUCCUCUCAACCAUCGCAAGGUCUGAAUUCAAGGAAUUGGGCCAUACCUGGCAACAUUCAGCUUGCCGAUCCUCAUUUUGACCGGGAAGGGCGUAUUGAUCUACUUCUCGGAGCUGACAUCUACUACGAACUAUUAGCUACAGGGCAGAUGCGGCUAUCAAGGAACCUGCCACUGCUGCAAAACACGGUCUUUGGCUGGAUAAUUGCUGGAAGGGUUGCAACAUCCUAUCAGAAAGACGUUACAUGUGGCAUCCUCAACACCGAUGAUUCCAAGCUUAGCGAGCAGAUCGAGCGUUUUUGGAAAUUGGAGGAACCAGAAUCUACAGAGAACCUUGCGAUGACAAGACAAGAAAUAAAGUGUGAAAAUCAUUCUGCUCAAACCAUGAAACGAACGAACAAUGGACGUUUCAUUGUGAAACUGCCUUUCAAGGUGGAUCCAGCAAAACUCGGCAAAUCUAGGGGCAAUGCGGAGAGGCGACUUUUCAAAUUAGAAUGGAGAUUUGCACGAAACCCAGAACUACGCAAACAGUACAAUGAAUUUAUGGACGAAUACAAGCAACUGGGGCAUAUGACGGAAAUAGAUGAAGGAAGUAUUCCGAGUCUUCAUUACUUUCUUCCCCAUCAUAGCGUUCUGAAGCCAGAGAGCACCACCACUAAACUUAGAACAACGCACAAAUACCCAUUCGGUUCGACUGCAUUAAGACGGGAUUUUUAUAUGGACGAUGUGAUGUCAGGUGCAAACACCUUGACAGAAGCUAUUGAGACGCAACAUCAACUUCGCACAAUCUUGCAAUCGGCCGGCUUUAAGCUUCGAAAGUGGUGUGCAAACAACAAGAAUCUUUUAAACAACAUUCCUGUUGAAGAUCAGGCACUCCGACUGGACAUAACCCAAGAAAGGGAGGAAAACGUGAAGACACUAGGAUUAGUUUGGACUCCUAAGACAGAUGAAUUUCGAAUUAGAUGCCCAUACACGGAAUCUAAGAAAGUAACAAAGAGAUCAGCGCUAUCCGAUAUCGCUCAUCUGUUCGAUCCGCUAGGAUUGAUGGCACCAGUUACAGUUACUGCUAAAAUCUUCCUUCAAAGGCUGUGGAGUCUCAAAAUAGGUUGGGAUGAAGAAAUUCCUUUAGAACUACAGGCGGAAUGGUCAAGAUAUUAUAAUGACUUGCAGGGGCUGAAUCAAAUUAAGGUACCUCGUCACAUAUUUGGAGGGAAGGUACCUGAAAAAAUACAGUUACAUGUCUUUUCGGACGCUUCGGAAAAGGCGUAUGGUGCAGCGGUAUAUUUACGAGCUAUUCAGUCAGAUGGGGUUCGCACAGUUCGUCUUUUAUGUGCAAAGUCGAAGGUGGCACCAUUAAAACGAGUGACCCUACCAAGAUUGGAAUUGUGUGCAGCAAGGCUAGCAGCUGAACUCGCUCAUCGGCUUAAACGGGACAUAGAAAUUCCAGACUAUAAUUGCUUUUACUGGACCGACUCCGAAAUUGUCCUAAAUUGGAUCAAUGCAGAAGCAUCGUCAUUUUAUACGUUCGUGGCCAAUCGAGUCGCUGCUAUACAACAAAAAUCCUCACCCAAGCAAUGGAGGCACAUACAUUCAAAGGAGAAUCCAGCAGAUUUGGUAUCGCGAGGUGUCGCUCCAGGAAAACUGCAGAAUUAUGCCCUCUGGUUCUAUGGGCCUAUAUUUCUUCAUGGGACUGAAGAGUGCUGGCCGGAAAGGUUUCAUAGUGUAGAUACCACCUUGGAGAAAAAACCUUCAAAAAUGGUAUUGGCCAUGGUGAAGGACUCAAUUUCCCUUAUCAAUCAAAUCGACCAUCAAAACUCUUUUCAACGACUGCAACGCAUAAUGGCACAUGUGCUACGGUUCGUUAGGAAUGCACGAACAACGAACCACAAGGAACGAGAAAAAUCGCUCUUAACUGCAAGCGAAAUGGAGGAAACCUUGCGAGUAAUAGUAAAGGAAGCUCAAUUGGAUGCGUAUCGAGAAUCUAUGCAGCAACUAACAUGUAACAAGCAAUUAAACAACAGCGAUCCAUUGAGCAGUCUGCAUCCAUUCUUAGACGAAUUCGGACUUUUGAGAGUCGGCGGUCGGCUUGAAGCUUCAAAUUUAACUUAUGAUACCAAACACCCGAUCGUUCUUCCUUACGGCCAUUACGUAACUCGAUUGAUUUUAAAUGAUCUGCAUCAUAAGCAUCUUCACGCCGGACCACAAGCCUUAUUGGCAAUAGCGAGACAACGAUUUUGA